CGAAUCAGUUGAGACUAGAUCGACUUAAACAUAAUGAGUAGGGGUGUCUUCUCAAAAUAAACCCAGCAACCUGCAUAAACCAGCAACCUGCAUAAACCAUUUCACCCGAACACGUGCUAUUACAAUGGCCGUUUGCAGACAUCUCUACCUAUCUAUAUUCCGUCCAUUGCCGUUGACUGGAUGAGCUCCCCAUGUCUUUGUUAGAUAUUGCUUAUGCAGGGUUUGUUUUCCAGAACGAUCUUUGUGCAGUUAAUUGUCAAAUUGUUUCCUGCAGUAAAUACUAUUCGUGGAAUGGUAUUCGGCUUUCAUCUUUGCGGAAUUCAUCAUUCUGUUUACUUGGGAAAACUCAUGGAUUUGGGGGACUUAAGUUAUACCGGGGUGAGUUGAAGAUAAGAGCAGUGGCCACUCUUGAAAAAGAAUCAACCAAAGCUAACCAGAUAAAACAGGACGGUGCUGGUUAUAAACGUAGCAUUGUAACAAGUAUUGAUUCGGGAAGUUUGAGUUGUAGUGUUAAUGAGUCUACUGAAUUAGACAAAAGGGAGAAAUUAAGACGGGGUAGGAUUUCUAAAGCUAACAAAGGGAAAACGCCUUGGAAUAAAGGCAGGAAGCACAGUCCAGAAACCCUGCAGAAGAUUAGAGAGAGAACAUGGAUUGCAAUGCAGGAUCCUAAGGUAAAGAUGAAGCUGAGCAACUUGGGGCAUGUUCAAAGUAAGCAAACAAGGUUAAAAAUUGGAAUCAGUGUGCAACUUGGGUGGAAAAGGCGCCAAAAGAUGCUGAAACUGCAGGAAACCUGCUGCUAUGAGUGGCAAAAUUUAAUUGCGGAAACUUCUAGAAAGGGCCUUCUUGGUGAGGAAGAGUUGGAGUGGGACUCCUACCACAUUUUGGACCAACAACUUGAAGAGGAUUGGUCACAGGGUCUUCUGCAGAGGAAAAAAACACUUAAGUCAGAAGGUAACAAUAGGGCUCCUAAAUCUACUGAGCAAAGGAGGAAGAUUUCUGAGGCCAUUUCUGCCAAAUGGGCUGAUCCAGAUUACAGAAAACGAGUCUGCUCUGGUCUGGCCAAGCAUCAUGGCGAGCAAGAAGGGGUUGAAAGAAAGCCGAGGAAAAGGCCUAGUGGUGAUGGACAGACCAGAAUAAGAAAAAGCUCAUCCAUGAAGAAAAUUAAUAUAGAUGGGUCAACUAUUUGCAUUACAGAACAACGAAUUAAAAGGGAUACAUUGAAAAGAAGCUAUACACCAAAAAGCAAGGAUUCUUUAACAAGAUCCAGGCUAGAAUUGUUGAUCAAUAUCAGGUCACGAAGAGCAGUGGCCAACAACAAGAAAUUUGAGGCUGUCAAAAGAGCAAAGUUAUUAAUUGCAGAGGCUGAGAAGGCGGCGGAAGCUCUUGAGAUUGCAGCCACGAAAAGUCUGGUUGCUCGAGCAUCGCUUGUUGAAACCAGGAAACUUAUUGCAGAAGCUGUCCAAUCCAUUAACUUCAUAGAUGACACGGAAGAGAUGUUUCCUGAUGCAUAUGAGGGGGCACAUGUUGAUGAUUCUGUAAAUGCAGAAGAGAUUGAAGGUUUGGAUUCUGAGAUUGAAGAUCGAAAAAUGAAUGAAGUCCAACUGGCUAAUAAUGAAAUUCUUAGCUUAAAGUUUACUGACAACUCCUCCCAUGGUUUAAAAUUGAACGGGAACAAAACAGCAAUCUUGUCAAGCUCAAGAGACUAUGAUUUAUUACUAGACUGCAAGGAAAAACUGUACCAGACGGUUUCCGGUGACACUGUCUGUGACACUCAUGAUGACGAGGCAAAUAAGAUGGAAGACGAAGAAGAACGUUCAAAUAAAAUGACAUUGCAUCACUAUACAUUGCCGAUAAAUGGAAUGAGGGCAAAUGCCCCAAUUAGAACCAAGCAAUGGGUACGUGGGAGGUUAGUUGAGGUAAGCACAUGAAGGUUAAAGUAUUCAUCACUUAAGAGUACAUAUUUAUUUGGCACAAACGUUUGUGACAUUGUUGUGAUCGAGUUCUUUGUAAUCUUAGACAAAAUAAAUUUAGUUUUAGUUCUUCUUGUAAGUUGGGUAGAUCUCACAAAAUUCCUUUUAAAAAUGCUAUUCAUGACAUUACAUCUUUUGCAACUUAUUCAUUCUUAUGUUUGCC